ACUUUUCCCACUUCUUACUCUUCCGAUAAAUAAAUCCACCAUCUUCACUCCCCCCUCUCUCACUCCCUAUCCUUACUCACUAGAUCGAUCCACCGUGAUCCUCUCCGAUCUCUCCGGGAGUCUCUACAUCUUCGUAACCAUCAAUCGAAUAUGAGAGAGAUCCUUCACAUUCAAGGUGGACAAUGUGGGAACCAGAUAGGAUCCAAGUUCUGGGAAGUUGUGUGUGACGAGCACGGGAUUGAUCCCACUGGUCGUUACACUGGAAACUCCGAUCUGCAGUUGGAGAGAGUGAAUGUUUACUAUAACGAGGCGUCGUGUGGAAGAUACGUACCCCGUGCUAUUCUCAUGGAUCUUGAGCCUGGUACUAUGGACAGUGUCAGAACUGGACCUUAUGGUCAGAUCUUUAGGCCUGAUAACUUUGUUUUCGGGCAAUCUGGUGCUGGAAACAACUGGGCUAAAGGGCAUUAUACUGAAGGAGCUGAGCUUAUUGAUGCUGUGCUCGAUGUUGUGCGUAAGGAGGCUGAGAAUUGUGACUGUCUUCAGGGUUUUCAAGUGUGUCACUCGCUUGGUGGAGGCACUGGAUCUGGAAUGGGAACUCUGCUGAUAUCUAAGAUCAGGGAAGAGUAUCCUGAUCGGAUGAUGCUUACUUUCUCCGUCUUCCCAUCACCUAAGGUCUCGGACACGGUGGUUGAGCCAUACAAUGCGACGCUUUCAGUUCAUCAGCUGGUUGAAAACGCUGAUGAGUGUAUGGUUUUGGACAAUGAAGCUCUUUAUGACAUCUGUUUUAGAACUCUGAAGCUUACCACUCCUAGCUUUGGUGAUCUGAAUCAUCUGAUCUCUGCAACCAUGAGUGGAGUUACCUGCUGUCUUAGGUUCCCUGGUCAGCUCAACUCCGAUCUGAGGAAGCUUGCAGUGAACCUCAUUCCAUUCCCUCGUCUCCACUUCUUCAUGGUCGGUUUUGCUCCUCUCACCUCUCGUGGCUCCCAGCAAUACCGCGCACUCACUGUCCCUGAGCUCACCCAACAGAUGUGGGAUUCAAAGAACAUGAUGUGCGCAGCUGACCCACGUCACGGCCGGUACCUAACAGCCUCAGCAAUGUUCCGUGGUAAAAUGAGCACAAAAGAAGUGGACGAGCAGAUGAUAAACGUGCAGAACAAAAACUCAUCCUACUUCGUGGAAUGGAUACCGAACAACGUGAAGUCAAGCGUCUGUGACAUAGCACCUCGAGGUCUCUCCAUGGCUUCGACCUUCGUUGGGAACUCGACAUCGAUCCAAGAGAUGUUUAGGAGGGUGAGUGAGCAGUUCACAGCCAUGUUCAGGAGGAAAGCUUUCUUGCAUUGGUACACAGGUGAAGGAAUGGACGAGAUGGAGUUCACUGAAGCUGAGAGCAACAUGAACGAUCUGGUCUCCGAGUAUCAGCAAUACCAAGACGCAACCGCAGAUGAAGAAGGAGAGUAUGAAGAAGAGGAGGAAGAAGAGGUAGAGUAUCAGGAGUGAAAAUGAUGCUGAGACUACCGUUUUCUUGUUCGUUAUCCCUGCCCUUAGUUGUUGUUGAGUUUCUUUAUGUACUUGUGUUGUGAUUGUCUUGUGUGUAAAAGUGAGAGGUUGGAGGUCGAGAUUGUUUAUUUUGUUGUGGUGUUAUAAUUGAAGUCUAUUGUGUGUGUUUUAUGCUCUCUUGCUGCUUCAAAUAAUUCGUUCCCUGAUUAGAGUUUAGUAGAAUAUGUACCUGAACAACUCGCAGAAGAGAAAAAAAAAAGACUUCGUAAUGUUUCGCAUAAACAAAGAUUAGCUUCUUUUACAGCUUGCGGUUCAGUAUGAUUUUUGCAAACUCCUAUUGCAAUCUUUCCACAAUUAGUGUUUUAAUUGUUACG